CCUUCACUGUUGCCUUAAGCAAUAGUUGUUCAGUUCGUUUCGAGUCUUUCUCAAGUCAGCAGUAAAACCUUAUGUCAAAACCUAUUUGAAAGACAAAAAGGUGGCCAAUUUUUUUUGCAAGUGCUUCAAGAAAGAUGGCUCAAACACAAGGAGUGCAUUACAAGUCGGUAAACUGGGGCAAGGACCGACCUGCCGCGGGACAAUAUCGUUCAGAAGAUCUCAAGUUGGCGUUUGAGACAACGGGCCGGGAAAUCGACCGUUAUUUUACCUUGAGGAGACCCAACACGAACGGAGACUUUUGCUGGACCGAGGUCUCCUUCCAUAAGGACAUCGUGUACGGAGAGUCCAAAAUUUUGGACGACUUUAUCGACUCGUGGAACGGAAACUUGUUCGAGCGUCCGGAAUUGGACAAUCUGAAUGAACUUCAUUUUCGCAGGAUGCUCGGGGUUUUCUACUGCUACGAUAUGAACUACAUCGAGGACGAGCAGGAGCUCGAAGAACUUCACAGAAUUGCGAAUCUUUUCAAGGCGCAGUCCGUGGAAGAAUUUUGUUGCGAAAAAUUGGCCAAAUUUGCUCCCAGAGCGUCAUCUUCGUCUGAGGGGUCCGCCAGUGACUGGGUCGUCUUGGUAAAUGCUGAGGUCGACGAGGAGACUUCACCAGCGUCGACAACUCCGGAUCCGCCAAAGUUUCCAGAUCAAAUUGUGGAAGUUUCUGCAAAGGACACGUGGCCCGGAAAUGAUGGAGUGCCCCAAACUCCUGGAAAAUCUGAAUUUUCGACCAAGAAAACUACUAUGUCGUCCAUCAAAGCGGAAAUCCUGUCCGACGUGAUCGCCUCGCUUAAACCCGAACUCACCCAAGAACUCGCCGCCGGCAUGAAGGACGAAAUCAAGGAAACGAUUUUGAAAGACUUGCGGUCCGAAAUUGAAGACCAUCUUCGUUCCGAUGACGAUCUGAAGGAUCAACUCGUCUCCGAAAUCAAGGACAUUUUACGCGAAGAGAUAAAACAGGAGCUGAUGAACGAUGCUGAUUUGAAAGCCGAACUUUUGGCCGAUAUUCACAAGAAAAUCGUUAAAGAUCACGACUUGACGAAGGAUCUGGUUGACGAAUUGAAGCAAGAAUUCAUCCCCAAGUUGAAAGAUGACGUUAAGAGUGAGAUUUUCGACGAGUUGAAGGAAAAGUUGAAAACCAUGCUGCUGGAUGACGACGCCAUGCGGGAUGAACUCGUGGAGGAAAUUCGGUCCGAUAUUUUGGACGAUGCUGAACUCAAGAAGGAAUUGCGUCAGUCUUUGAUGGAUUCGAUUCGAAAUGAUUUUUUGUAAAUUUUUGAUUACUUGAUAAUUUUUGUGGGAAUUUAUGUAUUUGAUUUGGCAAACAUGGGAUUUCAAUUUAGUCGUAAUUUAUUCAGUAUUUAUAUUCUUUCUUAAGUUUUGGACUUUCCUUCAUAACAAAGUAUUUGUUUUUGUUUCUUGAUAUGAUCAAUUCAUAAUUUAAAUAUCAAGGUGUCUUUAUUGGUGCUAAAUUGUAAUACAAAAAAUUUUGUUGAUUGGAAUUUUUUCUAAUAUCUAUUUGGAGGAGUUGUGUUAAGCUCUACAUAUAAAACUCAGAUUGUCAAAUCUUGUCGUGAAAUAAGGUGUGAAAAUAGUAAAAUUGUGUGUAAAAGAAUAUAUUACAAUAAUUCAUGUCAAA